GGCCCUAGCAGCUGGACUUGUUCUUCCUCUCCUCAUUAGGAAUAUGUAUGCUCUUCGGUUGGUAACUUCAUGUGUUUUCUAACUCUGCACUCGAUCAUUAGGGAGAAAGACCUUGAUGAAGUUUUGCAGACGCACACGGUGUUUGUCAAUGUUUCAAAAGGCCAGGUUGCAAAGAAGGAAGAUCUUGUUAAAGCAUUUGGAACAGAUGACCAAACAGAAAUCUGUAAGAUGAUUUUAUCAAAAGGGGAGUUGCAGGUAUCGGACAAAGAACGGCACACUCAGCUGGAGCAGAUGUUUAGAGACAUUGCAACUAUUGUUGCUGACAAAUGUGUGAAUCCUGAAACAAAGAGACCGUACACAGUAAUCCUUAUAGAAAGAGCCAUGAAGGACAUUCACUACUCUGUCAAACCAAACAAGAGCACAAAACAACAGGCACUGGAAGUGAUUCGACAGUUAAAGGAGACCAUGCAAAUUGAGCGUGCUCACAUGAGGUUGCGAUUCAUUCUUCCACCAAAAGAGGGAAAGAAACUGAAAGAAAAGCUCAAGCCACUGAUCAAAGUUAUUGAGAAUGAAGACUUCCAUGAACAGUUAGAAAUUGUGUGCCUUAUUGACCCAGGCUGCUUCAGAGAGAUUGAUGAGCUGAUCCGGUGUGAGACAAAAGGGAAAGGAACGCUUGAAGUGCUCAGUCUGAAAGAUGUGGAAGAAGGAGAUGAAAAGCUUGAAUAAAGAAAACCUUUCAGGAAUAGUACUUCUUUAACAAUAUUGUAUUAAGUGACUGGUAUUAGCCACUGUGUUUUGUUAGACCUUCAUGUUUUUUGCAAUCUCUUGCUGCCAAAUAUUUUCUGACGCUAAUCAUUUGGAAUUUUUCCAUGCAGUGUUCUUUUUAUUGUUUUACACUUGCUUGGGUUACAAAUGGUUUGCCUAUAGGAGUAUUUUGUGUCAGAGCUGCACUAAUGGGGAUUGAGUUAAGACCUGACAUGGAAGUUACUAUAGUUUUGUUUUGCUGUGAGGGUUGCAACUGAAGAGUGUUUGACUGAUACAGUGCCAAGUUAUUUUUGCUUUUAAUUACCAGAAUUGAGUGGAAGAUUUCACAUGUCUCUGAGGGGUAGGAUUUGUAUGUGAGGAGAGAAGCUUUUAGAAAAGUGAGCUAUGUUUUCACUUUUAAAGAAACGCAAAGUAUGGAUGGUAUCUAAACUAAUUCUUGGCAGCAUGAAAAAUGACUCACUGGAGAUUUAAAAAAAAAAAUUACUAACUUAGAGAAAAUGUUCUCCAAAUAACUUAUUCGAAAAAUAUAUUUAGCUACAUUAAUAAAAAUGAAUUAUCAUCUAUUUAUAUAUUAUAAUAGAGAAAGAAAAUGAUUAUUUUUGUUAUGGUAUAGAGGCUAUCUCUGGCAGUGGUGAUACUUUUAGUAGGUUAAGGGAUAGCCUGCAUUUCUGAGCUGUUUGCAUUCAGGUGGUGAAAUGAACCAAAUCUGGAAUAGGCAAUGGCCUCUAGCUAUUGAGCUGGACGGGCUUUUGUUGGACUCUAAUUUCCUAGUGGUAAAUGUUUGUGUGUGCCCCUUUUCCUUUUUAGUACAACUGAGAGUAAUUCUGGCUGCUGUCCUUCAUCCUGUGUCUUUUUAUGUUGCUUUCUAAUAUAUGCACAGGAUUUCCAGCAAGAUCCUGAGGCGUGAUGUGUAGUUCUUGAUAGUUCUAUUAACAUUUGUUUCAGCCAUGUUAAACAAAUGCUUUUAAGUUUAACUCUUAUAUUUCAAAGAAGAAGAGAAAAAAGAAAAAAAAGUACUAAAAAUACAAACCAUCAUUCAAAGCAUGUAUCCUUGGGUGAAUCGAAGCUAAACCAGUAGGAACUUAAAGAGCCUUUGCUAUUAUGUACCUGUUUCAAAGAUGAUUGUACACAGCAAAUCAGGAUUUUCUAGCUGGCUGGCAACUAGAGGUUUGUUUCUGAUUAGCAUGUACUAUAUUCAUUGUUUACUGUUUACUUUUAGAGCACGUGACCAUACCUGAUACAUGACAGUUAAGCAGAGCUCUAGUUUGUACUGUUGAUAUGACACUUUCCUUUGUAUCGUUAACAGAUGUUGUGAACUUUUUAGAAUUUAUGCAGGGAAAUUUGAAAUCAGAUGGAGAAAGAGAAAUUUGACAUGUCAGUUGUGGAGUCUGUGCGACUAGAUCCUUAGUCGAGGGCUUCCUCUUUAAAGCUAGUUUCUGCAGCGAUGUAUUGACAUGAGCUUCUGCAAGGUUACGUUAAAUUCCUUUAGUAAUAUUUUGGAAAGGCUUGCAACUAUGGAGUCCGAGUUCACGGAAGGGCAAUGAAAGGAAUAUUUUCUCUUGCCUCCAAGAUAAACUUCCAUGAUUUUUAAAUGCUGCCUAGGAAAGUUUAGUGGCAUAAUUAGUAUAUUUGCCAUGUGGACACAGCCUGAAUGUAGAGAUCUGUACAUGCAUGGGUGGACUGAUAAGAGUCCUUGCAUGUACAAGCCCUUAACUGUCUUUCAAAUGGCCGUCUCUAUGCAUUCUUUAUGAAGCACUGAAGAUAAUGUUGCUGAUAUUUAACUUGUCACUGACAAUUAGUACUAAGAUAUAAUUCAUGAAUCUAAAAAUGAGACACUAAGUAAGAGCCUCAGAUGACAUUGGAUUGGUAAUAUUUGAUUUCACAAUCCUAUAAUGUCUUUCUUUUCUAAUUACAACAGCUAGAGCACAAUAUGAUGGCUGCAGGUUGAAGAUCUUGAGUUACAGAAAUUUAUUCUAGACUAAUUUUGUGAGUUUCAUGCUAGGAAAGGCAUUUCCUUAUAAGGCCUUUUUCUAAGAAUCGAAUGUUAAAAUUUUUCUCUUGUAGAGGGAGCUUGGUUUUAUUUAUAAACAAAUGCUUGCAUUUCAUGUCACGUUUGUAGUUCAGCAAGAAUAUAUGGUAAACAUCAGAAUAAAUCUCAAUAUUGUUAGU